AUGAACGGUGAUCAUCGGAUCCACAAUAAUAAUGAAAAUAAGCUGUUGAAGAAAAUCAAGUUAUUAAAGCAGAAAGUUAAAGCAGCAAAGAAUGGAGGCUCUUCCUCUUCUCAAGAAACAAAUGGUAGUGAUUUAGAAACAAUGACAAAUACAGUGUGCUCCGAAUCCGUUGUACCCAAAUUAGAAACUUGUAUUGCAGAAGAGUUGUCAUUGAAACGAAAAGCAGAAUUUGAAUUAUUUCAAAAUUGGAAAAAACAAAAGAAGGAUCGUGAUUCUAUAUUCUCUUUGGAUUGUUUAAUGACAAUUUGUGAAUUUCUACCUCCAAGAAAGCUAUUCACAAGCAUCAUGCUUGUUUGCAAAGAUUGGAGAAAUGCAUUGAUUAACAACAACUUCUUUUGGUUUGAUUUGUACAAGAGAAUCUUUUAUGAAGAUUUGAACGUGAAAAAAGAACAAGUGGACGAAUGCGACUUUUUAUUGGCAUUCAAAACAAGAUAUGCAUUUGUGUUAAAACAUUCCAUAGGAUCCUCUUUGACUAAAUUUCUCAAAAAACAAGACAGCUUGGUCGAACGUGCCUAUCAUUCGAAUGAUAUUAAUGAGGCAACAACUUUAUUUUCUGAAUGUCUUGGAUCUCAAGCAGUAUUUACAAGGUUCUUUGACCUCCAGAAGAAACAAGUUGACUUUUCUCUUCGAGCUCUAGAGUUCAUCCAAGAAGUUGAUGAUAUCAAGAAUGAAAGGAACAUCUUGAGAGCACUUUUAAAUAUUUUAUUACAAAGAACUAUUGAUCUUACUGAUGAUAGUGAUGAAGAGACAGAAGCCAAUUUUUCAAGACAUGAUUUAUCAGUACUAGACAAUGUCAUGACACAAUUUAGAAGAUUUACGAAGUCUAGGAACAGCAUUAUUGUCACAAACAGUUUAUAUUUUGGACAAGAAGAAAAUAAUUCACUUGCAGAGACUUACAAGCUUGAUUUUAUCAUUUUCAGUACCAUUGGUCACUAUGCUGAAUUUAAGGCAACCAUUAAUUGUUUUAUAAUUGAUGAUACAUAUUUGGAUGGAGGGAGAUUGACAAUGAUAGGACAAUUUUUAGGAGACAACAAAGCAGAACAUUUAAUGGAUAUCAUUUAUGAUGGUGAAAGUGAUCGAUCACGAUGCUCUUUCCAUCACACAUUCAUCGAACGCUGUAUUAGAGAUUUGGGCUUACAAAAUAUUGCUCCAAGAGUAUUUGUGUAUUUUUUACUGAAAUUAAUCUCUACAAACAUCGAUGGUCAAUUAUUCUACAAACUUCUAUUGAAUAUUUGCAUGAGCUAUCACAGCAAUAACCAAACUCAGGUGAUUGAUCCUCUUGACUCUGAGGAUGCUGUCUAUUUGGCCAUCUCAGAUGAAGAAGAAGAUGAAGAAGGUGAUGAUGAUUACACAGAAGAAGACAGAAGAUUUGUGGUUGAAGGGAGUGAUGAAGAUUUAGAUGAAGAAGAAGAAUUUGAGGAUCAAUUAGAAGAGAUUGAUGUUUCGAGCGCAAGUGAAGUGUCAUCCGUGACAGACCCUAAUGAGCCAAUGGCUGUUUUUUCUGAAGAAGAAACGGAUGGCGUUGAAGUCAUUAUUGAUGUAUCUGAAGCAGCCUUCACAUCACCACCAACUGACAUUGCUCACACGAUCCAAGUGGAUAAUAACAACAAGGAUGUUGUGGAGUUGGAUUUUGACGAAGAAUGA